AUGAGUAAGCAACACUAUAAUACAUCCGAUGUAGAUCAAGAGGCUCCUCCUCCAGCUUAUCAAGAGACACCACCCUUUAAUCCCAACUAUACAAGUAGUAGUAGUCAGUCUCCACCCUUUAAUCCUCAUUAUCAAACACCACAUACACCUGAGACGCACCAAGCCAUACAGCCUCUUUAUCCUCAAAUGCCUAUGCCUCAAUCUAUGCCUAUGCCUCAACCCAUGCCCGUACCUCAAGUACGAUAUCAAACCAUCGAUAUUCCUUAUUCAGAAUCCACCGUCAGUGUUCGUCAUCAACGUCAGCUUGCAGAGCGCAGGAAAUUUCCUCUUGCGGCUAUUUUCUUUUUAUUUGGAUGGUUUUGUCCACCGUUAUGGGUGAUUGGUGCUUGUUGCUGUGCAGCAAGUCGAAAUGAAUAUGAAUCCUUUUGGGGUAAAGUGAAUUUUAUUAUGGUCAUGGCUAUGAUUGCUUCUUCUAUUAUCUAUUCCAUGAUUGCCAUGUCAAGAUACAUGUAG